GCGAGGCCAUCAAUAUUUGCCCAACAAGGGAGAUUACAGCAUCCAGUGGACAGAUUAGGUCGCCUAACUAUCCCAGCAACUACUCCUCAAACACUAGUUGUAUCCUGACAAUCAAACAACCCUUGGACACAAACUUUACUUUCACUUUCACCAAGCUUGAUAUUGAGAGUGAUGAAGACGGUAGGUCAACGUAAUUUAUGUUGAUUUUAGAGUAAUUUAUGUUGUAAUUUUUCAUAUCUGCGCAGCUAAAUGGGAAACUCCCCCACCCCCGACUGAGAUUUGCAUGUAAUUGUUAAUGCUGAUAAAAAUCAUUAGACAUUGCCCAGGGACAAAUUGGUUAAUUUUGAUUACAUUUGGAUGAAGAUUAGACGAGAAAUUAGCAAAUGUUUGUCUUGCUUUGCCAGGCGUAGUAAACUACAUGCAUUAUUAAUUAGACCAUUGUAUAAUUUAUGCAUGGUACAUAACCUGGCGGAGGUAUGCAGUCUCAGAGCGCCCUCUAGUUUACAUAUUAUUAAUUUGUGAUGUUACUCUGAGUGUAUAUUUACAUACUCUGAGUGUAUAUCCAAUACAAGCCCAAUGCUCUGCCAACUGAGCUACGCGGUCAGGACGGUUCGAGUAAGUGAUAUUUCGGAACAGAAUCUAUAGUUCCUUCGAUACCAGUGUAAUCUAGUAAUAUGAUUUUUUGUGGUCAUAUUACUAGAUUACACUGGUAUCGAAAGAACUAGAUGCUGUUCCGAAAUAUCACUUACUCGAACCGUUCUGACCGCGUAGCUCAGUUGGCAGAGCACUAGGCUAGUAUUCCAAAGGUCGUAGGUUCGAUUCCCACCGUGGCCGGGCAUAUUUUUCAAGCUCGCCCGGUGUGGAUAUACACUCAGAGUAACAUCACAAACAUCAUAUUCACCUGAGUACACAACACCAGCACAGAAAAAAUUAUAUUAUUAAUUAUUUAAUAUGUACAAUAUCUACUUACUUACUUUACAGAACUUACCUGUUAUGAUUACCUCAUUAUAUCUGGAGGUUCAUCAGAAACAUUUUGUGGGACCACCACUCCGGCGCCAUUUGUACCUGGCCUGAACGUCGUCACACUGGAAAUGGUAACAGAUGGUAGUAUUGAACAAAGCGGUUUUGAUCUCAGCUUCACCACCAUUCAGAGUAAGCAAUAUUUUUGGUGUGGUUAGGGGCAGCAGAGGGAAAUAAGGCGGCAGUUGUAAAAAAAUUGAAAAGCUAUAAAACUACGGAUAUCGAACACAAUUAAUGAAAAGAAAAUUUAAUUUAUAAAUACCAUCAUCUGGGUUAUACCAAGAAACGGACAAUUUUAGAAAACUUAAAAAAAUGACAAUCCUGUGGAUAGCGCCCUGUCCUAGCUCCCUUCGUACAAUUUAUUGGUAUGGAAAAAUACAUCUAUAUAUAUCUAAUAGUAAUACCUAUCACAAAAUAGUAUGCCAAAAAUAGAUUCCCUUUCUUGAUUACAUCUUGUAUAUAUGGAAUAUUCCUAUCUUUAUUUUUCUAGCAACUGGUUUACCCCCAGCAGUGAGUGUGUGUCCGACCAGAUCAAUCAACCCCAGUGAUAUUGGUCGUGUCCAUUCCCCUGGAUUCGCUGGUAACUAUGGCGCCAAUCUAAACUGUAAGCUUACCCUGGAUGUGCCUUCAAACAAGGAAGUUGAAAUUUCCUACAACUUUUACGAUAUUGAGUGUAAGUACACAACCGUAAUAAUAUAUAACAAUGACAAUGCACUCUAAAAACUCUUUGGUUAAAAUUUCCUGGUUAACCAAAAAAUAAUCCAAUUUAAGUUAACUUAAUAUUCUUGGCUAAAUUUCCUAGUUAUUUUAACCUUGUUUUUCCUAUAACCUGGUUAAUUUGACAUAGAAUUUAUACGGCAUGGUUAAAUUAACUAGACCAUGCCAAGCGGUUAAGUGGCUCUGGUAGCUCUGAUGAUAUAUAUCCGCUUGAGAUAGUCUGGUUAUUUUAACAUUAGCGUUGCAUAAGCAGAUUCCUGGUUACAUUAAUCGGAUUAUGAUAAGAUGUGAGAUAAAAUUAUCAGGAAAUUUAGCCAAGUCUAUUAAGCUAAGCCAAGAGUUUUUCUAGAGAGUAACAAGUAUAAAAACAAAUUCCCAAUAGAGGUGUCAAACAUAUUCAUUUUAUAUUAUUUGAUCAUGAGGUUACAGCAGACAAUGGCGGAUAUUCAUCAAGUAGUUAGUAACACCGUUCUUGUUGCUGUUGAUAUUGAUGUGGAUAGUGUUGUUGUUUCUGAUGUUGCUGUUGCGGUUGUUGUGGCAAUUGUGCCUGCUGUUACUGUUGUGUUGCUGUUUUAGUGGAUAUUGUUGGUACUAUUGGUAAAACUGCUGCUUUGUUUGGCAUUUUGUUGUUCAAUUGCAAGCUUUUUCAAUUGUUGAUGCCGUUUUUGUUGUUCUGGUUGUUUUUGUUGACGCUGCCACCAUGUUGGUUGCUGUCGUUGUUGCUCAAGCUAACGGUAUUUUUUAAAAAUAUUUGGUUCACAGAUGAAGCUAUCCAGUGCUCGAAAGACAAGUUGACGGUUGCGGACAACAGUGGUCAUGGCUACACAAUAUGUGGUCAUGCACCAUCUGCCGGCAGCCCGGAUACCUACAAUGAUAGUGAUGUCUCAUUUCAUUUUACAACUGACGGCAGUGGCUCUGGAAACGGAUUUAUAUUGACCUACAAACUCAUUGACAAACCAAUCUCGA